CGUCGGAGCCUAGUUAGCCAAUGCCCGACCGAAACACCGUUCGUCGUAUGGGGAAGAAGAUUUCGAGCAAUUUAUUUUGCAAUACCGUCGUUAAACAUUAAUUACCCUUUGCAGAUCAUUGGUAAAUAUACAAAAUGCCAGCGUUGAUCGAGACUCUCGACGAUCUCUCGAACGGCGAUAACACUCGUGCGUCCGGGCGUACUCGGCGAGGGGGAAAAAAUGUAAAACACCUGCCUCGGUCACCAAUUUGAGCUCUCAUUUGGUGGAUUUCAGCGUAACGAUAUUUUAUGACGCGAAUUACCUCCAACGGAUAACAACAAUAUCCGUCGAUCCGUCUACCAUAAAUACUCGCACGAUUUAAAAUGGUCCGAGGAACCGUCACGGUCUUCGUAACAAGGAUGGCGUCGCGCGAGUGUGUUUGCACAGUUUUAUCGAGGCGACGGGCCCGCUGAGGUUGAUCGGGCGCACUUUACGCGGCUGGCUGUGAGAUAAGUUUUGCUGGUCGGCUGGCGCACCGUUGUUCCUGUCGGCGGCGGACGGCGAGUCGAGAUCCGGAGGGACCAGGGCGCAGCGCGUUGUGCUGGCAGUCAAACAUUCGGCUGGUUUUGCGCUGGUCUGUCGGGGAAGCUGGCACCAGCGGACGUCCGUGUUUCCCACGAGAAACCGUUUUUAAGAAAUCAAAACGGGACUCGGCCCGAGAGCCGAUGCCCGAACGACGUCCGUACAGGGAAUACACCGUCGCGUGAGCGAACCGAGAAAUUACAAGGUUGCGAAAAAACCGGAACGUACCCGAACGAAACUCGACGGCUGUUUCGCGCUAAACCGGGGCUUCGCUGGAGCCCGUGUAUCAACAGAAACGUUGGGAAUAUUCCGCGAAGAAUCCUUUUCGAGAGAUGCUCACCACGUCGUUUCUUCUCGCGAAAGUCCAACCUAAAAGCGAUACGUUUGAGGUUAUGUUCCGUUGAAACAUGAAUUUCUCGCGUUAACCAGCGAAGCGACUUAUCAGGACAACAAAAACAAACUGGACCAUUUUACAUAAAUGGAUGAUGCUCGGAGGCAAUGAACGGAAUGGAGAGACAUGGGCAUGGACAUGGACAUUCACAUGCGCACUCGCAUCGUCACCGUCAUUCUCAUGGGAAUUUGCAAAGUGCAUCGCAGAACUCUAAUCAGUCGUCGAAGCAUAGUCACACUCAUGUGACGCAUUCGCAGAAAGACACGUCUGUUGUACAAACACCCCAGAAGCCGAGAAAUUAUAAGUUACUAGUUGAUCCGUUUUUAGUCAAAGGUGCGACAAAGUUGUAUAGGUACGAUGGCAUGGUUCCGGGAGAUCCGACUUAUCCUGAGGUUCAACCACGAGACCCUAGGUCGCAGUUAACGAGAAUAUGGACACGUUUAGAGCAGCUCGACUUGCCUGUACCUAGAUUUAAAAUUGACUCCAAUUAUUGUGGUGAACCGCCUCCGCUCGAAGUAACAUUCUGUCAUCUGAAUGACAAUAUCGAUAGGACUUUUCUAACAGACAUGGUUCAGAAGUUUGGAGUUGUAGAGGAACUUACCGUUUAUUACCAUCCUGUGACUAACAAGCAUCUUGGAAUUGCGAGAGUGGUGUUUGAAAGUACGAAAGCUUCGAAAGCAUGCGUAGAAAAAUUAAAUAAUACAUCUGUGAUGGGGAAAGUCUUAAAAGUGUUUUUAGAUGCAUUUGGGGAAGAAUGCAAGAAAAUCUAUGAUGAGCUAACCGUAGAGAAGAGACCGGAGAAGAAAGUAGAGAAAGAAUUGAAGCCUGAAAAUGAUCAAGAGAAACAAACACCUAUCGACAAAAUCGUUGAAGACAGAGAGGAUUUCAGAAGUAGUAAAAAAAUAGUGUCGAGUAUAGACAAAUCCAGAGAUACGUAUGUAGAAAAUUCAAGAUACAGCAAGUAUAGAGAUUAUCCUACUCCCAGUGGUAAUUCUGGAAGUGAUUUAGGCUACGGUACUGCACCUAGCGAAUUAAAUUAUUCUAAUAAUUACUCUCAGAAUUCUACUCCAGCCACAAACUAUGAUUUUUAUUAUGGCGGUUACCAUCAUCAACCUCCUAACAAUUAUCUAGCAAAUAUACCUCAGAAUGUAUCGCAGAAUCUUCCAAUACAACAAAAUUCAAGUAUGUGGUGGGGAAAUAAUACAGGACCAGCUAGUUAUGCGUCGUCGUCUAUGUGGCCUGUGCAGCAUGGAACAAAUUUAGAUAAUUCUAAUUCUAAUGUAGUUCCGAUUACAAAGGCUUCUAAUGUAAAAAUGCAUCACUCCUCAACUCCUAAGAAGGAAAAGGAAAAAGAAACUCAGAGUGGCACAAAAAGUUCUUCGAGAGAUUCACCAGUAGAAACUCGCAAAACAUUGGAUCUGGAUACAAGAAUUGCUAUGUUGUUGAAAGAUAAAGCAGGAGGAAUGGCACCACCCUUUCUGCAAUUUGGCAGUGAUUCUGAAGAUGAAAAAAAGUCUAUCAGCGCGGACAAUGAAAUGCUUUCAGAACCUCCGAGUCCCUUCUUGUCGCACGAAACGUAUAAGUCAUGUUUUGAAAAAAUGAGAGAAAGGAAUAAGGAAAGGUGGAAAAUACACGAGAACAACAUUAAUCAGUUUUCUGUUGACGAAGAAUUAGGUAGUGUUAUAAGUUCAAGUGAAGAUGAAGCAUUGCUUGGAAGUUAUAGUCCCGCGCCAGAUGAAAUUGAACCAGAACCACCGAAAGAACCACCACCUCCUCCUCCACCUGAUGACGAUAGGAUGUCGUUAAGUCCGUUAAGUUCAGGGGAUGAGAAAAUCGAAGAGGUGAUAGCUCAAACGGAACCUGCGAAUCAGUUGUAUCCAGGAGCUGGUUAUCCUGGGCAUUUAACCCAUUAUCCCACUAACGACAUGUACCAUUGGCCACGACCAGCUCAAUACCCGUAUCCUUAUGGAACAACUUAUUUACAAAGCCAUUGUCAACCCAAUACUACGCCAUUUUCUGGAGCAGUGGGAAAUCAUCAAGGAGCAAAUUAUUAUCCGUCUUUUCAAUCACGACUUCAUGCCAUGGCGAAUCAUAACAUUACGAAAGAUAAUCCACAGGGCCCUACUAUUAACGGAGUGUUAAACAGAGUUAUAAAUGAAUUGAAGCAAAUUUUGAAAAGGGACUUUAAUAAGAAAAUGAUUGAAAAUACCGCAUUCAAAUUGUUCGAAGUAUGGUGGGACGAAAAGAAAUCUGAGAAAAGUCAAACUCAAGGAGGAGACAACGCUAUUGUUAAUAAUAGUAAUAAGGAAGAAGGUCCGAAACCCCAAGGAAUAUCAUUGCUUUUAGAACAGCCAACACCGCUUGGAUUUAAUUACGAUGGAUUUGGUUUGGGAAUUAGAGCUAGUAUGCCAAAGAUGCCUUCUUUCAGGCGUAAAAUUAAAGCUCCAAGUCCGUUGCCACAAGAUGAAGACAGUCGUCAGUCUGGUCAUGGUGAUACUGAAAUUAUAGAAAGCGACAGUGAUCUUGAUCUAACGUCUGUACAGAAAGUUAAAAGGCCAAUUACUUCUCUCCCAAGCGUUUCCUCAUCAUCUUCAUCCUCAUCGUCAUCAAGUGAAAGCAGCAGCGAUGAGAUGAGCUGCAGUGAAUCUUCCAGUAGUUCAAAUGAUAGUUCCGAUGAUGAAGUGUGUUCUGGGAAUUUCGAAGAUGAGCAAGAUACAGAUAGUCGUGUGUCAGAUCAUCGUCCUUUGGCUUGCAAUAGUGAGGAUCCUGAUAUUCUAACAGAACUGGCGAUACAGAGGUCUUUGGAUUGUCCGACUCCAACUGGCAGAGAGACACCGAUACCAGAUAUCAAAAUAAAGGAUAUAAACUCCAACGAGUUCCCACAAUACGAAGAUGAAAGUAGACCUGUUGCGUCUCCAUUAAGAUACGAAGACAAGAAGGAGGAAGUCGAAGAUGUAAAUGAGAAGUCUAUCGGUGAAGAACACUUCAAGAAACCUAGAGUAGUAAUUAAGGACACAGAAGUGAAGGUUGCUGAGGAUGAAACGGAGGAUGCAGCAGAGACUAUGUACAUUGCUACAGCACCGGUGAAACAGGAGCCUCGUGAUAUGCAGAAGAUGGAGAAUUCUGCAGCUGAAGCUUUAAUAACCUUAGCUGGACAAGAUAAUAUUAUAAGACAUAGAAGUCCUGGACCUUUGGAACCAAAUAUUAUUAGAGCACUUCAAACUAUGUCUGCUAAAUACAUCAAUGAUGAACCUAUAUUGAAGGAAUCGGAGAAGAUUGAAAUGUUUAGUGAGAUACCCACUACUGACUCGGAGGAAGAGAGCUUAGAAAUUAGAAGAUUGAGGUAUCAAGCUGAAGCUGACCUUCGAUUAAAUGGCCAAAGAAAUUCAAGCUUGCGUAGUUCUCAAGUUUCACAAGUAUACAUGGAACAUUCUUAUUCGCUGCCACCAUCUCAAUCAGAGAUCACAGAAUUUGUGGCGCGUCCACCUCCAGCGCCAGUGAAGCCUGUGAAACUGAAGCCUUCGAAGAUUAUUAAAUUGGCUAAGGGUAAAGACAAAACUCACAAAGUGGAGAAACGGAAAUACAACAAGUACACGAAGAUACAUACUCAUCAGAAUCAUGAAGGUGAAAAGGAGAAUAUUCAGAAUGAAUUUGUUUAUGAAAAAUACCCCAAGAAAGUUGUACAGGAAGCAAUUAUGACAUACAAGGAACGUGACCUUAUGUCAGAAAUGGCUAUUUUGUAUGAAUUUUUAACUAGAGGAAUAGACGCAGAGGAUGUGGAAUAUUUAAGACGAAGUUAUGAAGCUUUAUUAGCUGAUGAUAGUCAAGGAUACUGGUUGAAUGACACCCACUGGGUGGAUCAUCCAGCAACAGAUAUUCCAAGUCCUGCUAAACGAAGAAAAAGAGAUGAACUGCGGCUACAUGCAAGUGGAAGUGCAAGGACAGAAGGAUAUUAUAAGGUUGACUUGCGAGAAAAAGCCAAACACAAGCAUCAUUAUGCCCAGAGUAUACAACGGAGUCACGACGUUGAAGAUAACAAUGGUUCAUAUGCUGGUGGCGAUGGAACAAUGAAUGGUCCAAAGAACAAUACUAAAGCUUUAACUGGUAAAAUGCAAGCUCUAUCUCGCGAAGCCCGAAGCAAUCAACGUCGAUUAUUAACGGCCUUCGGUAUCGACACCGACAGCGACCUUCUGAAAUUCAAUCAGUUGAAAUUUAGGAAAAAGCAAUUGAAAUUUGCCAAAUCUGGAAUACACGACUGGGGACUGUUUGCCAUGGAACCAAUCGCAGCUGAUGAAAUGGUCAUCGAAUACGUUGGCCAAAUGGUUAGGCCAGUUGUUGCCGAUUUAAGGGAGUCUCAGUAUGAAGCUACUGGCAUUGGUAGUUCUUAUCUUUUCCGUAUUGAUUUAGAUACAAUUAUUGACGCAACAAAGUGUGGCAAUUUAGCACGGUUUAUUAAUCAUAGCUGCAAUCCGAACUGUUAUGCAAAAGUAAUUACGAUCGAGAGCCAAAAGAAAAUUGUAAUCUAUAGUAAACAGCCAAUAGGAGUUAAUGAAGAAAUUACAUACGAUUAUAAAUUUCCUUUGGAAGACGACAAAAUUCCUUGCCUAUGUGGAGCUCCUCAGUGUCGGGGUACCUUGAAUUAAAUCGUUCAUAAAAUUAUAUUGUUCAUCCUUUUUUCCUGUCUUCUACACUUCAUCAUAUCCUACUCAUAUUUUUGUAAAUAUUUCCCCAUGUAAACAUUUUAUAAAAUGCAAUGGAAAAUGCUAAAUUA